GCGACCAUUGACACUUCCUCCUGAGAGAUUCGAGAGAUAAUAAAAUCAAGGUGCUUUUUAUUUCUAACAACAAGUUAGAAGAUAUUCCAAGGAAAAAAAACAGAGUGUCGAUAUCUCGAUUACGUAAAUCUGUAAUUAUAGUGUCAGAUAUUUUUAUAAGUAUUACGUAGGAUGAUAGAUCAACGUAGAUGGAGAAGUAGAAUAAAAGAAAAAAGAAGAAAAUUAAUAAUAAAGACCUUUUUGAAAGAAUGUCGUUAAAAACAGGCGAAUGGAAGCGCGAUACUAAGUAUGGAUUUGGUGUAUACUUCUACGAGAAUAACGACGUUUACGAAGGUUCCUGGAAAAAGAAUCUUCGUCAUGGUUUGGGAACGUAUCUAUACGCGGCAACCGGGAUUAAAUUUAUGGGUACUUGGAUAAAAGAUCGCAUGCAAGGACCCGGCCAAUUCGUAUACCCACGUCAUCGAUAUCACGGAUAUUGGGAAUUAAAUUUGCCAUUAGGACGCGGUUGUUUUACCUUCGAGAACGCGUGCAUGCAACACGGACAUUACGUACAUCUACGAGAUCCUGAUUACGAACAAACUGAGGAAGAAAUUAAGGAUUUUGAUAUGGCUACGGACGCAGAUACAAGAACAGAAGAAGAAGUGAUCGAAGAUAAACCUGCGGAAGGAAUAUCUUUUGAUGAACAACCGGUUCCAUUAAAAAAGGGUAUUCUACCUGUGUGGCGUGCACGUUGCAUAACUCCAUAUAAUCCUAAUUUAUUGCCACCGGAAGCUGUACCUUUGCAGGAAGAGGUAUCGUUGCAGUCUUUAACAGAUAAGUGUCUCGAUGACGAGCCUUGGAUGGAACCGGAAGAAUAUUUAAAGUAUCAUUUAGCAGAUUACGCCGAAGAUUACGAAAAUGCAGAAAAUUUUUCCCCAAGGCCACCAUCUGACUUCAUUACUCACCUAGAAGAUAUAUAAAAUAUGCGUUUGCUCUUUAAAAUUAUAAAAAUCCAACUUCUAUGUGAUAUUGCCAUCAUACAUUUUUUUCUUCUCUUCUUCUUCUUCUUCUUCUUCCUUCGUGCUAACUUAUUUUUAUUAAUUGUUUCUCACUUGCCUAUUUUAUUUUUAAUAUUUUAGGCAAGUUCUCUCUUCAAUACUGAGUAUAUAACAUUUAAAAAAAAAAAAGAUUGGGUACGACAACGGUAAUUU